AUGUCGAUCGCCAUGAUCCUGGAGUCCAAGGACAAAGAGCAUAUCCCAGUCGAUGAAGCCACCAUCAGAAUGUCGAUCGCCAUGAUCCUGGAGUCCAAGGACAAAGAGCAUAUCCCAGUCGAUGAAGCCACCAUCAGAAUGUCGAUCUGCCUCAACAAACUCUACGUCUAUACCCUGGCCGGUACGGAAGAAGCGUUAGUACCAGUGAUAGUACCAACCAUUGAUGGACAAACUCUCAAGAAGCUGGUCGACUGGUGCUAUCAUCACAGACACGACCCCGAGACCAGGAACGACCAACCCUCCACUUCGAAAUGCUUCAAACUUCGAACUACCGUAUUCCGAGAGUUCGACCGCGACUAUUUUGACAUGCCCAUGGAGAAGCUGAAGCGACUGACUUAUGCUGCUAGCUUUUUGGGUGUACCAAUGUUGUACCAGUUGUGUCUGCGACAUAUCAAUGUAAAGUUUAUGGGCAGUAAGGAGGAUGAAGACAUGGAUACAUCGAUGAAGGACGUGUCGAACACUUCGGAUGAAUUGUCAUUUUUAAGUGUUUCUGAUAUGGAAGUUUCGGAAAUUUGA